CGUAUGAUUGGAAGGGUUCCAGUUGACGAGAACUCUUUCUUUCUCUGUAUCACUUGUUCUCCCCUGUUGAAUUGGUGGAAGGGAUUGAUUCUCCUUCAUUCCCACCUGUGGCUAUUCUAGUUGACAGUCUAUGAUCCAGGGUGAUGAAUGAAUCAAGAAAGAAAGAAAGGAAGGAAGAGUGACUGGCGGUAGUCAAAGAACUAAGCCAGCGCUAAUAAUAUCGCUCCCUCUCUGCCACAGGCUCAGCCAUUAGGCUGCUUUAUUCUUCUGGUCACCUGAGCAUGGGCCUAGAUCGGCGGCCAAACAUUCUAUCUGAUCGCUGAUCAUUGAAGCUACUCCUAACUUUAUUUCUUCAUAUCCAUCGCUCUCCGAUUUCCCCACCUGAUCUUCAUCCUGUUUUCCACCCACCAACGAGAAGAUAAAUAGAAAGAGAAUCAAUAAGUCAAAAAGAGGAGGAAAAUGACAGCUGAGCCCCUGAAAGCCCCCUCAGGCGGCUUCAAAGCCUGGUCCACCAAGAAGAAACUCCUCGUCGCGCUCGGCAUCCUCGCCGCAAUCAUCGCCCUCGCCGUCGGUCUCGGUGUCGGCCUAGGCAUAGGCCUCAACAGUGACGACGAUGAUUCCGACUCUGACUCCUCCGACGACAACGACCACUUCCCACCCGGCCACUCCACACCCGCCAAGUGGCAACCCGCCGUCGGCACAACGUGGCAGAUCGAGCUUCUACACCCACUCAAAGAUACGUCCGUCGACGCAGACGUAUACGACAUCGACCUCUUCACGAACCCCAAGUCAACGAUAGACGGGCUGCACGACGAGGGCCGCAAAGUCAUUUGCUACUUCUCCGCGGGCAGUUACGAGAACUGGCGCCCUGACAAGGGCGACUUUGCGUCGGAGGACCUCGGCGCCGUGAUGGACGGGUGGCCGGACGAGAAGUGGGUGAACGUGAGCGGGAAGAGCGUGCGGGACGUCAUGUCCAAGCGACUGGAUAUGGCUGCCGAGAAGGGCUGCGACGGGGUCGACCCGGACAAUGUCGACGGGUACGAUAAUAAAAAUGGUGUGGGGUUGACGAAAGCGCAGGCGGCGGACUUUGUCAAUUGGUUGGCGGACGAGGCACACGCGCGCAAUAUGUCGGUGGGGUUGAAGAAUGCGGCCGCUAUCAUUCCGGCUGUGAUUGAUAAUAUGCAGUGGAGUGUUAACGAGCAGUGUGCGCAGUAUGAGGAGUGUGAUACGUACGCGGCGUUCGUCGAGAAGGACAAGCCCGUCUUUCACAUCGAGUAUCCCAAGGGCGAUACAACGAACAAUAAUUUCCGGGUGUCGCAGACCAAGGUGGACAAGGCGUGUGAUUUCCAGGAGUCGGGGAAUUUCUCCACUGUCAUUAAGAACAUGAAUCUGGACGAUUGGAUUCAGCAUUGCUAGGUAGUUUCGUCUAUCUGCUUGGAUAGUUUUUUGUAUACUGUUUCAAUUCUCGAGUGUAC